AUGGGAAUCGAUGAUCUUACACACAGGCGCUCGUCACUAUCGCCGUCGCUGGUGACAACAAGGGUCAUCUCAUCAUCAUUCCUGAUAUAUAUACUACAUAGCUCAUGUCUCCCAGAGUUUUGCUCGUCAAUGAUGACGGCCCACCAGGUCCACAAUCUCCAUACAUCUAUGGACUUUAUCGUCAUCUCACGACAAAUCUCGGAUGGGAAGUGAAAGUAGUUGUGCCAAGCUCCCAGAAAUCGUGGAUCGGGAAAGCGUUUCACAUCAAGGAAAUCACGAAAGGAAGGUAUUACUAUCCGAAGGAACCCGAUGGGGUGGGAGAGGUAUCAUCAGCUUCGCGUCCUUUAAAUGAGGGUGAAGUUGCCGAGUGGGUACUGCUGGGCGGUACCCCCGCGACUUGCACCAACAUCGCGCUUCAUAACCUAUAUCCCGGAAAAAUAGACCUUGUGGUCACCGCUUUCGCCAUGUCGUCUGGAACCAUCGGUGCCGCCAUGUCGUCGGCGCUAUCUCAGAUCCGUUCCAUUGCAAUUUCAUACGGCACUGUUCUCCAUCCCACCCCAAACGAACUUUUUGAACCCGCAGAUAUCCUCUCUGGGCGGAUCAUCCAGUACCUAUGGAACAACUGGGGUAAAGACGUUGGUGGAAUGCGCAACGGAGAAAUCGACAUGUAUAACGAACUUCUUGAUCCAAAGGGCAUAGAUGUCCAUUGGACGCACAUGUGGCGUAACUCAUACGGGCAACUUUUUAAAGCAGUAUCGACUCCUGACGCUACGAGCACAACGAAAGACGUCCCUAACAAGGGCCCGGACGUGGCGGGACAGUUUCUCGCACAAGAAAGCGAAUCUGGAGGCGAUAUAUCGAAAGAUGAACCUGCAACGCUAGUGUUCAAAUUCUCCCCUGAUUUCCAACCCCUCAUUACACCUUCAGUCGGUUCUCUCCCAGUUGGCUCAGAUGGUUGGGCCAUCGCUAAAGGCCAUGCGAGCAUUACUCCACUACGGGCAUGUUUUGCACAUGUAGAUCAUGACCCUGCGGCAAUAGGGACAGAAUCUCUGAGGAUCUUGAAACUUUAGAGUACUCCGAUUCUUUGAUAUCACUCAUAUCAUCAAUGCAAG